GAGAGAGAGAGAGACCCCAACCCCUCUUUCAUUCCCCCCUCAUACACGUAAACUUUCCUUAGUGCCAAGAAAAGGAAAAGAGAGAAAAAAAGAAGAAAACUAGGAGAGAGAGAGAGAGAGAGAGAGAGCAAGACCAGCAAGGGAGGUGAGCGGCAGAACGGGCAGGGGUGGCUGACGCAAGACUAGAGGUACCCAGGCACUUGUUUUUGGCUGUGGAGGGUGCCAGGGUGCCACCUCAGUGUAGGGCGCCACGUGUGCCUACUGGGAAGUGCUAGGGCGGGAUGGACGGGGGGGCGUGUGGGUGGUGCGGCGAGGAGGCUGAGACCAAGUGUACUGGCUGCAGGCAAGUGUUCUACUGCAGCAAGGCGUGUCAGAAGCAAGGAUGGGAGAGACACAAGGAAGCAUGCAGGCCAUUCACGGUCACCAAGAGGAAGGCAGUGGGGCGGCUGCUGGUGGCGUGCCGGGACCUGGCGGUGGGGGAGGAGAUCCUGAGUGAGGUGCCACUGGUGUUGGGCCCCCGGCAGGAUACAGACCCCCAGGAAGCAGAGCGUGUGUGUCUGGGAUGCUACAGAAGGAUCUCGGGGGAAUACAAAUGUUCGCAGUGUUCCUGGCCUUUGUGUGGGAUGAAGUGUGAGUCCAGCCCGGAUCACCAGCCAGAAUGCAGCAUCACCAGGGCAGCCAGGGUCACCAUUGGUCACCACUGUGACCAGGAGGCACCAAACUACCCCUGCGACUUGGUGAUGACUCUCAGGUGUCUAGUGGAGGCAGGGCGGGACGGGGCGUGGGGGCAGCGCUGGAGAACCUGCACCGCUCGCCUCAACACCACCCGCUUACAGGCGUCCACACAGCAGGAACAGCAGGACCAACUACAGCUGGAGCAGGAGCACACACAGCAGAUGCAGGAUGUGAUCAAAAUGCUCCGGGAGGCCUUCAAACUGGACACUUUCCCGGACAUCAAUGCCUCGGACGCCUCAUUGAUGACUAUCUUAAGGCUGGUGAAGCUAAACCAGGUGCCCACAAAGAUGCCCUAUGCUGAGGUGAUAGGACUGUACCCCAUGGCCUCCCUCGUCAGCCACUCCUGUAUGCCCAACACCAAGACACUGUGGAAGGAUGGAAAACUGACAGUGCUGGCUUCAGACCCUAUAGCAAAGGGCGACCCCAUCACAGGCCUCUACACGGACAUCCUUUGGGGCACUCGGGCGCGCAGGGACCACCUCAGACUCACCCGGCUCUACCACUGCUCCUGCCGCCGCUGUGCUGACCCCACUGAGCUAGACACUAAUUUCUCAGCGUUGGUUUGUCGCCGGUGUAAAAAAAAUGUCCUACCAUCCAAUCCACUUGAUGAUGUGGCGCCCUGGCUGUGUCGCGGCUGUGGCAUGGAGGUCAGUGUGAAGGAUGCAGUGUCCCUCAGUCUGUCCCUGGGAGGCACAGUGGAGCAGGCGCUGGCUAACCCAACCAUCGACAGCUUAGAGGCCCUGCAGAAGGAGUGGCUGGAGAAGGUGCACCCCAACCACUACCACCUGCAUGCUGUCAAACACUCCCUCCUGCAGCUGUACGGCCGGACGCAGGAGAAGGCACACACCAUUGACAAGGACGACAUACACUGGCAGGAGGUGGACAAGAAGGAGACAGCAUGCAAAGAGUUCUUGACAGUGUGUUCCCGGUUGGACCCAUCCACGGCCCACACAGCUCACUACGUUGGCCUUACUUUCUACGAGUACAACAAGACCAUACUGCAAAAUGCCCUGAGGAGCUUUGCCUUCAAGCGCAUCUCCCGCCAGCAGCUCAAGAAACGCAUGCUUCUCUCCAAGGCACUGCUGAAAAAGACCAUGGAGAUAUUCCGAGAUGAGGCACCAGACACGCCAGAGAGCCAACUGUGCCACACUUGUGAGGAGGAGGUCAUACAGAUUGGCAAGUGGAUGUUGUGUGUAGAGCUGGUGUAGGGAGGGAAGAAGAGGGAAAAGAGAGGGGAAUGAGGGUGGGAAAGGGAGGGAAAACAAAGAAAAG